GUUGUCGGUUUCCGCCAACUUUACUUUCCCGCCUAAAGAUCUGUGUCUCUCAUCCAAUUUGCUUCUCAGCUCCAGAAACGUCACCGUUUUGCUUUCUCUCCCAUCUUCUCCUCCCACUAUUUCUCACGGCGCACGUUAGCACUUUACAGCCUCUGCAAAUCCACCUAUUUCAGCUCCAGACUGCCUCCCAAACUCUCUUGGUUCUUCUCUCCCGGCGCGUGUUACCGCACUGUCUCCCGCCGGCGCAAGUUAACCACACAGUCUCUCUCUGUUUCUCUUCAAUGGCACCGGACCCAGACCCAGAUCCGAAUCCCAAUCGAAACGAUCCGAUCACAGACUACUCCAAAACCCAGCGCAUAGUCCUCCUCAUAGACCUAAACCCACUCCUCCACCUCUCAGACCCAACCCCAUUUCUCAUCUCCCUCAUAGCCUCCGCCAAGACCCUCCUCUCUUUCCCUCCUCUCUCUACCUCCCUCUUCGCCUUCAAACCCUUCCUCUCCUCUCUCUCACCCCUCCUCUCCUCCUCCAAACUACACUCUUUUGUUCCCAGCUCUUCCCUCUCGCUCUCCUUCAAUGACUGUUCUACGACCCUCCUUUCUCUGUCCAAGAUGCUCGAUUUUUUUCAUGCCCACCAGGUUUUCGACCCUUUGCCAUUGUCGCCGCCCCAGGCUUCGUGCCUUGCCGCGUCGAUGCGCCAGCUCGUGCACGACUACGCGUGGGACCCGGUGGUCGACGAGUCCAUAACGGGUACGCUUUUGAAUUGUAAUGAGAAUGGUUCUGUGGUUGUUGGGUCGAAUUUGGUUGUUUUAUUUUCGCCGGUUUGUAGGUCUAUCAAGGGUUUGUCCGAGUUCUUGAAUGUGGGAAUUGAGGACGCGUGUUUGAAAGAUGUGGGUUUGUUUUGUGAAAAGUUUCAUGGUUGUUUUGAGAACGUGAACGUUGCGUUUGUUAGCAGGGAUAUUGGGUUUAGUUGGGUGGAUGUUAGGUAUGAAUUGGAAGGUGAUGGUUGUAAGGGUGAGGUUGAUGGUUCUGGAUUGAAAUCAGGGUCCUUUUUUGUGAGUGGGAUUAGGAGUUUGGGUUGGGGGUUUUGCUCGACCGAUUCGAUUGUUCUUGGUUCUGCUCUUGUUCCCUUUGGGUUGAUUUAUCCAAAGAUUGCAAUUUCAUCCAAUUUUUUCAAUUUAAAUGAUAGUUGUAGGAAACUUCACGCUCAGUUGAGUCUUGAGAUAUUAGAUGUAAGUGCAAAGACGUUGGAAUGCAAGUGCUGUGAUCUUGAAAUGGUCGAUUUGAAGAUGUCAUCGAGAAAUAGAUGUGAUAAUUUUCUGUUUCCUCCAGAUCUCAUGAAUUCACAAGCAAGUGGUCGUGAACAGAAGAACUUGUUUUUGGGACUCUUUGGUGAUGGGACAGUAAAGCUGCAUAUUAAGGCUGUUCAGAGGUACAGUGAGUGUGGAAAAUUUGUGGGUCAUUUAGGUGAUCCAAUUCUCGUGUGUGAAUCUUUGGGAGACUCUAAGAAAGACCAGAAAGAAAGUUCUGGUGAUUUUUUUGCAGAUAGGGUUCUUGACAUGCUAGCCAUGGAAUUGUGUGAGGCUGUGCGGAGAAAAUCUAGACCCAUUUGGCAGAUUCUCUUGAGUUUUCUUUAUAGGGAAGGCUACUGGGCAUUGAUUUCUGUUUCGAAUGGCAAUGGUGAUUCACAUAUGGGAAUUCUCAAGCCUUUUACAGUUUCUUCAGCUCUCCUAUGUAUUAUAGAAGAUGGAGUUUACCGUCCAAACAUGCCAAGCGAUUUUGGUGGAGCAAAUAUGGCUCAAUUUGGUACGAAGAUGGACAAUGAGAUUUGCAAAGCCAAUGUAGAUUUGAAUUGCUCCAAUGGGUUCAUAGAUUCUCUGGCUGGGCCUUCACCAUCCAAUAAGUUUGUAACACUAGGAGAUGGUAACAGGAAAAAGAAUAAGAAGAAAUUAAAUAUGCUUCAAGGCCUCACAUGGAGUGCCUUCUGCAAGACUGCAUUUGAACACUCUGUGCAAGACUUGGGAGAUGUUUACUUUGCCAGGGAAUGUUAUAACUCAAAGAAGUUGAAAUUUCUAAAAUGUUGGAUGAAGCAGAUUAAGAAAUCUUCUUGUUGUAGUCUAAUUUUACAGGAAACGUCCAAGCCAUGUCAGGAUAUCCAAAAAGAAAUGGAAGAUAGGUUGACUAAAUUUCAUCAAGGAAGUGAACAGCCAGUCUCUUCAUCUGCCUCAGCUGGAGAAAAGUUUUUGACUAGGAUACAGGAUGAAGCUGCUCUUGACUUUCAGUCAGAAACUUCUGAAGCUUUUUUCAGUAAUCUUUCCAAUAAGAUCCAACAAGGGCUUGAAUCUGAAGGAGUAGACUUGGGGGAUUUGGCAGAGCGGCUUGUGAACUCAUCCAUAUAUUGGUUAUAUCAAAAGUGUGAAACUGAAUCCCCUUCAGAGAGCCAAACUCUUGAGGUAAAAUCUGAUGAUGCUUGGGGUAGCAUAGUUCCUGAACUAACAAAACUUUUACUCAGGGAGCCCAAGGAGUUGGUUGCAAAGCACAAAAAUAAUGUUCCAGCCUUUCAGGCAUCUGAUCCAGGAUGUACUGGAUUUGCUUCAAAGGAUAUAGUUAGAGAAUAUGAAAUGCAGAUAUUGUUUCGGAUGGAGAUACUGCGAUCAGAGGUUGGAGCAAGUAUUGGAGAGUCUCUGAAACAAAAGUUUGUGAAACAAAUUUGCUUGCUUUUAGAUACCAUUCAGUGCCAUCUGGAGGGAGGCUUUUUUGGUGAUUGGAGCCUUGAAAAUUAUGUAGGAAAGACUAUAAAAAGGAGGUACUGUCUCACCCUGGGAGACGUUGUUCAUAGGAUCUACACAAAAAUGGAUUUGUUGCUCUUUGCUGACGAGGAUAAAUCUGCUAAUCCUUCAUUCAACAGCGAGGAUAGCAAUCAAUCCUGGAGAGAAAAAUCAGAUAGAGAUGAGAUUGGUGAAAAUUAUGGAACGAAUGAACCGGUGUCAACUGAGGCAGAGUCCCUUCAGCUGCUGCAAAAUGAGAAUGGAAGCCCCCAGGGGAUUAAACAAGAGGAGCAUGCUCACAAAGUAAUGGAGGCUCAGAAGAGGAGAGAGAGGGCUCGGAGAUUUGCAUCUUUCACCAGUUGGAUGCCUGAUUUGCAGAAAGUUUGGGCCCCAAAGCAGCCAAAGUUGAUGAAACAAAAGUCGGAUCCUCUCCGGAAGCUGUCAAAAAGGAAGCAACGCCGAAGGGUAAGCUAUGACAUGGUAUGUGAGACUCCUAUGACAGGGAUCAAACGUUCAUGCUCACGAGUGAGCAGCAUUGAUGAUGAAGACUACCAAGACUCUGGAAGUCAAUCAGGCGGUUCUGUAUCUAAGGCUUUGUUUCAGGAUGACUGAUGUGUGGUUUUCACACAGAAAUUGUGUGAAAAUACUAAAAGACUUAAUAGCAGCUAGCUACCAAGUAUUUGCAGAUUUAACUCGGCAAGCCCACUUGAAAUUGCAACCAAAAGUGGUAAAGUGGUUGAGAUCAACAGAGUUGUAUUUUGCCGUUGAUUGUAAAUUAAUUUCACAUGUUCUUUUCUAGUUACUUUAACAUCGAUAUGCUGUAUCACCGAGCUAAUUUUUCAUUUGCUCAGUUCCAUGUAUUUCAAACCCUUGUAUACUAAAAAUAACACAAAAAAUGAAUACUGUUCCA